AUGCUUGUCCCGUCUUCCAUCGUUGCCAUUGCCGCCUUGGCUGGCAGUGUCUCUGCUGCUGCACCUCGCCAGCGAAGGCAGAAGCUGGACCAGACUCUGUUGACCGAUAUCGACGAGAUUUCCCAAUACUGGGGCCAGAUCUCCACGUACCGUGAUAAUGCCGCCGACUACUUUGGUGUCGAUUUCGUCGGCCUCCCAGACAAAUGUCAAGUCGAGCAGGUCCAUGUCCUCCAUCGCCACGCCCAACGCUUCCCAACCUCAGCCUUCGACGACGGCACGAACGAUGAGCGCUUCGCUCAGAAAGUCGAGAACUUCACAAAGGCCCACCCCAAUGCCUCCUUCACAGGCCCUCUCGCGUUCCUCAACACCUACCAGUAUCAGAUGGGAGAGUCUUACCUGACUGGUAUUGGAGCUGCUACCGAAUUUGCCUCGGGCGUGCAAUUCUGGAACUACUACGGCAGGACUCUCUACAAUGCCACUGUAGGACAGGUCCAGUACAAUGGAUCCUACGUCAAUGGGACUGCUCGUCCCAAGCCGGUGCUUCGAACCACGGGCCAGAGCCGUAUCGAGAACUCGCAAAUCUCGUGGUCGUUGGGAUUCUUCGGUCCUUCGUUCUACGAGACGUCCGAUCCAAAGCUAAGCGCCUUCGCCAAUGGUUCUCUAUUCGAUGUUGUGGUGAUCCCAGAGGGUGGGACUGAGAACAACACCCUUGCCUCGUACGAUUCUUGCUUCGAGGACGUUAUCUCGCCCAUCACAUACUUGGGUGAUAACGACCUCUUCUAUCAAUACGUGCCGCUGUACCUUCAGGAGGCGACCGCCCGUGUUAACAAGUUCGUACCAGCUGGCUUCAAGUUCAACGUCAACGACACCUAUGCUAUGCAAUCUCUUUGCGCCUAUGAGCAUGGGUACAUUGGUCAAAGCGACUUCUGCAACCUCUUCACCGAAGAUGAGUGGGCUGGCUUCGAGAACACGUUGGACAUCGAGUACUACUACGACUACGCCUGGGGCAACCCAACUGGACGUGCUCAAGGUCUUGGAUACCAACAAGAGCUCCUGGCCCGACUCACAAAGCAAUACAUCACCAGCAGCAACAGCAGCGUCAACUACACCAUCACGAACAACCCUGAGGACUUUCCACUGGACAGACCAUUCUAUGCGGACUUCACUCACGACGACAUUAUUAUUUCCCUCUUGACGUCGAUGUCGGUGGACUACUUCAGAGAACACCCCAGCUUGACCCAAUUCCCUCCAGAUCCUGACCGACACUUCAUCUUGUCCCACCUGACGCCUUUCGGUGCUCGUCUUUAUACUGAGGUGAUUGGAUGCGCAGACUCCGAUCCUACUCCUGAACUUGAGCAGAGAACAGAGUACUACCCAACACAGUACGGCUACGAUAAGUCAAACGCCCCGAAUAAGUUCAUCAGAAUGCGCCUGAACAACGGCAUUAUUCCCCUAAACACUAUCCGCGGCGGACAGUGCGAAGGACGAAUCGACGGUCUCUGCCCAAUGGACGACUUCAUCGCCAGCCAAGAGGAGGCCGCAAAACUCGCCAACUACCAAUUCGCCUGCUUCGCAAACUACACCAUCACGGCGCCUGGCAACGGCAACGACUACGACGGGACCGUCACCAACUCGACACCUGGCAUUGUCAUCCACCCCGGCCAAAUCACGGCCGAAUAUCUCGACAGCCUGUCGUAA